AUGGUGUUCUUCGUGGCGCUAAGCAUUGCUUUUGGUAUGAUUGGCGCGUGCCCUAAAAACAGAGGGACACUGGAUUUGCGUUGCAAUGUGAGCGAUGGCGGUGGAUUCCAGCGCCAGGGCCAGGGCGCGGGCAAUCGAAACGAGGUCAGUCACUGGAAAUCGAGCCGCCGCGGCAAUGCGGCGGCGCUGCUGGCGGCAUUGAAGGCCGCGAGCAGAGCCAGAGACAUCGAGCGCGGCCGCCAGGCGCAUCUGGAAGCCAUCCAUGGCGGGCUGGAUUCCAGCGUUUUCGUGGCGAGCUCGCUCAUCGAUAUGUAUGCCAAAUGCGGGAGGAUGGAGGAGGCCAGGGCUGUGUUUGAUGGGAUUCUCCACCGCGACGUGGUUUCUUGGAGCUCCAUCAUUCUUGGCUACGCACAGAACGGGCAAGGGGAGGUUGCGCUCGAGCUCUUUGUUGAAAUGCAGCGUGCCAAGGCGGAGGAUCCUUCUUCUCCGCAGGCUCCGAAUUCCCAGACUUUCGUGGCUGCGAUCAGAGCUUGUAGCAGCAUGAUCGACGAGAAGAAGGAAGGAAAAGUUCGCGAGGAUCGAAUGGCUUGUCUGGAGAAAGGCAUGGCCAUCCAUGCUCGAGCUCGGCUGGGCGGAUUGGACACGGAUGGUUUUGUAGCAUGUAGCUUGGUGGACUUUUACGCGAAGUGUGGAAGCAUGGUGACUGCUUGCUGGGUUUUCGAUCGAGUGGACGAUCGCAGCUACAGUGACUUGGUGCUGUGGACUGCUCUUAUCUCAGGCUAUGCACACAAUGGUGACGGCGAUAUCGCUCUAGAGAUUUUCGAGCAAGCGAGUGCCUUCUUCGAUGCGAGCUCUUCUUCUUCGAGCUCGUCCCAGAGUUACUCGACCCGGACGAUUUUCUUAGCGGCCGUGAAGGCUUGCACAAGCAUAGCAGCAAAAGAAGAAGUCACAGACAAGCACAGGCUCGACCGCAGCGAUGCUAACAAGUUCCUCAAGGCUGUGUCGCUAGAGAAAGGAAUGGCAGUGCACUCGGCAGCGGCAAGGCUCGGGUAUAUCACGGCAGCAGACAUUUUCCUGAUGAGCUGCUUGGUGGAUUUCUACGCAAAGUGUGGAAGCAUGGUGGAUUCGCAACGAGUUUUUGACAGCAUGAGCCGUCACGACGUUGUCUCGUGGACUGCUCUUGUCUGGGGGUAUGCACACAACGGGCAGGAGGAGAUCGCUUUGGAAGUUUACGCUCGGCUCCAACAACAGGGCUGUGCUUCAAACUCCCAGACGUUCGUGGCUGCUCUCAAGGCCGUCGUCUGUCUCGCGGAGGCUGAAGUUGGCAAAGAGAUCGACGGGAAAGUCGUCAAGGUGACGGCUUUGGAGAAAGGAAUGGCGAUUCACUCCCAGGCAGCGAGCAGCGGCAAGCAGCAUCACACGGAGACUUUCGUAGCGAACAGCCUGAUCGACAUGUACUCCAAGUGUGGAAGCAUGGUGGACGCUCUGAGAAGUUUGGAGGCGAUGGCUUCUCCUCCGGAUAUAAUCUCGUGGACAGCUCUGAUCCUCGGCUAUGCCGACGCUGGAGAAGGCAACCGAGCUCUCGAGAUCUUUUCUCGAAUGCAAAGUCAAGGUUGCCGUCCAAACGCUCAUACAUUCGUGGCAGCCCUCAAGGCCUGUGGCAGCAUCUCGGCUGUAGGAACUGGAAGAGUGAUCCACGGGGAAAUCUGCAAGUUCGGCCUGGAAACAACACUCACUGCUGGGAACAGUCUGGUCGACUUCUACGGGAAGUCCGGAAGCAUGGUCCGAGCUCGCCAAGUUUUCGACUGCAUUCCAGCGCUCGACGUUGCGAGUUGGACGUCGCUCAUGGCCGGAUACUGUCACCAAGGCGAAGCAAUGGCAGUUCUCGACCUCUUCGUUGGGAUGGUCGACCAAGGCGUGAAUCCAAACGAGAUAACUCUCGUGACAGUUCUCACGGCUUGCAGCCACGCCGGGCUCGUCCACAGAGGCAAGCGCUACUUCUCAGACAUGAAAGAGAGAUUUGGUCUCACUCCCAGGAUUGAUCACUACCACUGCCUCAUCGAUCUUCUGGGACGAGCAAACUUGCUGGAAGAAGCACUCCAGGUCGCGAAGGCGAUGCCAAUGGAGGCUACUUCGGUGACAUGGACGAUCGUGUUGGUCGCGUGUGAGAAGUGGAAGAACAUAGAAGUUGCGAAGAUUGCAUUUGAGGCCCUGGUGGUUUUGGACGAGAACCAGGCGGGAUCUUACGUCCUCAUGGCCAAUGUCUAUCGCCAACUUCGACCAUUUGUAGUUUCAUCUGGAGGAAACAAAACGAUCAAGCUGUGA